AUGGACACAUCUGGUAGAUAGAGGGCAUACCUCGAUUUGUAAUAUCAUAAUAACUAUAGUAAUUUGCUUACUGAUCUAGACCCAACUAUGAAUAAUAGCUUUACUAUAAUUAAUUUAACAGAAAUUAGUCUUUCAACUGGUAUGUUCGACAAUAUAGGAAGCAGGUUGAAUAAAUUUCCUCAGAUAAAAGCAUACAAUAAUUUACUUCCAUAUGUAAGUCUCUGGCAGGACCAAAACUAGACGACUAAAAAUAAUAAAUUUGUGUCCUAAUUAUCAGUAAAAUUUGAUAGAUACCCUGCUUUACUUCCCUCAGCUAUUGAUUGCUACAUUGGCAUUCAAUGUCAUAUCUAUUAAGCUAACUUCUCAUUAUUUGGUAAUUGUGCUGAUGCUGAUCAAAAUAGAAAAUAUAUAACGAAUAUAUCACUUAACAAUUAGACUAGAGACAUCCUUCCUGGAGUUAAUUUAUACAAAGUGGGCUAGCUCAGCGAUAUGCAAGUAAAUAUAUCUUUCAAGCAAAACUCUAUAUAUUUCACUGGAAUCUACAAUAUCUCAGUUAGCUAUUUCAUAUCAGAUAACAAUAAUUAGUGGCCGCUUAUCACAGAUCUUUUCACCUUAAAUAUCUCUAAUGGCUGUGUUGAAAAUUACAAAGUUAUUGAACCUUUAAAAUUGCCCAAUGCUAGGCGCUUGAUAUAAACUGAUCCUGUAUAUUUUUAAAUUCAGAAAGCUAAGCUAUCUCCCUAUCAAGAAUGCUAUGUAUAGAGAUUACUUCCAAUAUUUAGUGAUGUAUAAUAUCUACAAGGUGCCAUAAUACAAGAUUAAUUAGAUUAGUUAAUGAUUGGAGUAACAACAAGAUAUCCUGACUUUCUUGGAAAACAUCAAUUACCCAUAGAGGUUUAAGUUUGGACUGAUUAAAAUGGUAUUCUCUUGGAAAAAUAUCGCAUAAUAUUUGAGUUUGAAGUUUAUUAAGACUUUAAGCCAUCCUUAAAUAAUACAGCACCCUACUUUGUAUUCCCAAUAAAUGAUAUAGAGAUUAAAGUUGGUGAGACGAGAGUUGUUGAUUUACCAAAAAUAAUUGAUGAUGAAGGAGAUAGUUAUGAAGUAAAAGUAGAAACUAAAAUGGGCAGUCUCUUUAUAGUUUACUCAAAUACUAAUAUAAUUGUUAAGCCUUCUGAAGCUGUCAUUGGAAUUCAUUAAGUAGUAGUUAUUAUAGAAGAUAAUAAUCUGAUGUUUCUUCGUUUUAUGAAUCACUACUCAAAGGUUCAAUUUUAUAUGAUGAUUAUUAAAAAGCAAAGAAAUUUCGAAUCAUAGGAAUGGGAUAGGAUGGUUGUCAACUUUAAAAUGUAUUUCUUAUUCUAUGAUGCCACAGAAAAACUAAUGAUGAAAGAAGGCUACUAAAUUAAAUUCUAAAUACCACCUCAAAUGUCUCAAAGUUUAGAGAAUUAAAUUAGUAAUUUAGGAACUGCAACUGCAAUUUCUUUAUCGAGUGUGGUUGGAUCAAACAUCAUCAUAAAUAUCUUAAUGUAAUUUAUUAGUUUCUUAAAUAUAAUAGGUCUCAAAGUAUAUAGAUGCUUUGGGGGAUGA